AUGAUAGUCACUCUCACCUACCUCUGGAAGUUAAUCUUUGGUUCAUGUUUGGCCCAAAGCCAUGAUGUAGUCCUGGCGAGACCCAAACUGAAUAUUGGGGAAAAUACACAAAAGAUGAGAUCUGCACAGUACCCAACCCCAGCAGAAUUGGAUGCGUAUGCUAAGAAAGUUGCCAACAAUCCACUGACUAUAAAAAUCUUCCCAAACAGCGUCAAAGUACCACAAAGGAAACACCUGCGUCGUACAGUGAAUGGUUUAGACACUUCGGGCCAGAGAUUCAGUCCUUACCCUUCUCAAGCUGGUUCUAACCGUGGUUUGCUCGCAAUUGUCAAGCUACCAACGAAAAGGAUUGUGAAGGACUUUGACGGAACCCGCGUGAGGUUGCUGCCAGACGUCACUAUGAAUCCCCCGUCUACACCCUACGCUGCACCUAGCACUUUAACUCACCCGCAGAACACGCUGCUGCAACCUGGUUUACAUGGAUACCGGAAGAUGCGCCAGGAUGGGGAUGCCCCUCCCAAUGUCACGGUGUCUACCUCAACCAUUCCGCUCUCCAUGGCUGCUAACCUGCAGCAGAAUAGGCCCUCGGACUUGAACAGCAUCGUGCACCAGAUUUACCAGAUGUGCCAGGCCAGUGCGGGCCUCACUACUACCUCAGUCUGUGAGGGACAGAUUGCCAACCCCAGCCCCAUCAGCCGCAAUGUGCUGAUCCACGCCAGCACCCGGGUGUCUGGCCACGCUGUGCCAGCCCACCUGCCCCCCUGCAUUGUAAACCCAGGGGACCCAACCGUUGCCAUGACGUCCAUUGCCCCAGGUAGCAUCACAAUGGGCAAUGUGAACAGGAUGCAAGCGGCCUACCAGAGUGACAUGGAUUCUGCCACGUGGCAUCAGCACCAGCUGGCGCAGCUGCAGCACAUGGGUAGGGAUGCUGCAGGGGCAGGGCACCCGAGUAAGCUCCAGAGAGACGUUUCCGGAGCUGGAUUCGCCAGCAAGGCGCUGGGCUACCCCGCGGAGCUGUGCCUGGGCCAGCCUUACAACCUGAAGGUUCCCGGGGAUAAGUUGUCUCCGUCGCCCCCGGUCAAUGGGAUGCAGGGGGCUCUGCCCUACUCCAACGGGCAGUACUUCCAGCCAAUAUGGAAUAACAUCCUUCCAACACCCAACAGCGACAGCUCAGGAUCCCAGGACCUGGGAAUGGUGUUUCAUGGCGGAGCCUCAGGAGCAGCGGACUGCGUGGCAGGGACUCACUUCCGGGCUGGAGCUGGUUCCUCCGGCCAAACGAAUGUCCUGCAGACUGUGGAGUACCUAGGAGCAGACUACCAGAACUCCUGCUUUAGAGACCAGACUAUGGGGACGCUGGGCAAGGUCCACAGGCUGCCCAUCAGCCGAGGCCCAGAACCAAAUGUUAACCAGAGUAGUCAUAUUCACCACCCUGUGUACAGAUGAGAUGGUGUCCAGUGAUCCUGGCACUCGAGUAGUCUUAACAUCAAUUUUGGAUAAUGUUCUUUUGUGUUGUUGCCUUUUGAUUGCCAAACCUCUCAGUGAUUUCCAUUUUUGUGUUUUUUAGGGGGUGGGGGCAGGGGAGAGAAAUUGUUGCAAACAUUUUGCUUUUGAGGGAGGAUAUUUACUGAAACUGAAGUCUGUACAUCUAGCCACCACCUCGACAUACAGAUUAGA